GCUGUGUUCCCUAAUCGAUUAAAUACUUGUUAUUAAUCAAUUAAUAGUCGAUUUUUUCCUUAUAUCACACCCAGUCUUCGUCUUCUUCGCCAUUCCCUCUUUUCGAAUCACAGAAACCCUAGCCUCUUCCCCUCUCAAUUUUUUCUCAAUCUUCAUCAUAAUAUUCUCAAAUUUCUUCCAUUUUUUUUCAAAUUUCAUCAAUUUCAAAAAGGAAGAAUGCCAAGGUGUAAGAACGCUUCCUCGGGUCAAGAAACGGCGGCAGAGGAGAAUGAGAGGCCAUGGCGUCGUGAAGGGAGCAAGUACAUUCACAUUCAAACGGGUCUCGCCUUCAACACUAGGGCUUCAGUUGAGAGGUUCCACAACAUCUUCCUCACGAAGGAGAUCGUCUCUCCCAAGAUCGUGAACAAGGACCUCUUCAAAUCGGCGACCUAUGCCCCGAGUAAGUCUAUAUUCCUUCAGCAAGGAUUGCUUCGUUUCAUUCAUUUUACGUAUGAAUUUUUCUGUCCAAAUCUUAUACGUCAAUUUUAUGCAAAUCUUCGUACCACUAAGGGAGGUUCGCCAUCUCUCAUUUCCUAUGUUGACGGCAAAACCGUUUUCAUUGACGAUGCCGGUUUGACUUCUUUGUUUGGCCUUCGUCGCGGUGAAAUUACCGAAAACUUGGAUGAAACAUUCCAAGAUGAGGCAAUAUGGCGACAACUCGGGUUAGAUCAUCGUGAUCUCAAGUUUAGAAACUCUAGCAACCCGAGUGUCGUUAAUCUCACUUUAAUUCAACGCGUCCAACAAUACAUUUUCUCAUAUGUUUUGUUGCCCCGUGAUUCGAACCAUGGCGUCGUCAACAAGGAUGAUAUUCGUUUGUUUCACGUCCUGUUGAACGAUGUCAAAUUUGAUUGGGUUCACUUCUUUAUCGUUGCACUUAGCGAUGGCACUCGCUUUUCCCAUCUCCGUUUUGCCAUCCCCAUUGUGCAUAUCCUUGCUCAUUGCAAAGUAGACCUUACUCGGGACACUCAGGUGCCGGUUAAGAAGACGUGUUUCAUCACUGAAGCCAAGUUUUCCCGGAUCAUGUAUCGAGAGGAGGGCAAUGUUGCACCGAAUCUGGACUUGAUCGUCGCCGAAGAAGAAGAAGAAAGCCAAAACGAGAAUCAAGCUGAGUCAUCUCAAGCCGGAGAUGGUGCAUCUUUCAAUUCACUGGGGUCUUUAAGUGUGGUAGAGAAGUCUUUAGCCACAAAAGCCAUUUCUACAUCAGAAACCCAUCGAUGUGAGCCUUGUUCUCCGGCGAGAAAAAAACCAGAGGGGUGGGAGAAUUGCACCAAUUUGCUUCGUGCGGUUGGAGGAAGUCUACAAUCGACGAUUCCAGUAGACGUCUGCUGCUUCGUGCGGCUCGAAGGAUUGGUUGGAGCAAGAGAAGAUCCGCAACAGCACAAGCGCACGCACGAGAAGUACGCUGCCAGAGCUCUUAAUUUAAUUUCUCCUUGGAGUAGGUAAAUCGAAUCUAGGCAUUAGAUUUACUCAGUCAGAAAAUAGAGAACCUCUUGCCGGAAAGUUGCUGCCUAGCGAUGGAAUGGAGCAGCCGUCGAGGAGUGGAGGCCAUGAAGCCUGGAAGGUCUUGCGGAAGAACUGGUGGCUUGUCAAAAUCUCUAGGUUUCUACACAGAUUUUGUACUCGAAAUGGAUUUUUUUUGAAAUAUGGAUUUUUAUUUAUGAUAAGACAUACAAAUUUUCUCACUCUUGUUUUAAAAUUUUGACUACAAAUAAUAGAAAAAUACAUUG